AUGAUGGCCAUGAUUAUCGUCCUGCCGGAGUCGCCUCGAUGGCUAAUUUCGCAAGGCCGAGACGCAGAAGCGAAAGAAGUACUUCGAUGGAUAACGCCCAAGAAGAGUAAAGAAGAUGCGGACAAUGAAGACGCCGCGCACCUGAUAUAUGCGAAUAUCGUGAGCGCCCGAGAAUUUGAACUUGCCGCGGAAGGGGAGUUCUCGAUUAUGGAGUUGUUUCAUGGUGGAAAAAUGCAAAACUGGCGACGGACGGCCAUUUGUUUUGCUGUCAUGGCAUGCCAGCAACUGAGCGGGAUCAACCUUCUGACAUAUUAUAUCUCUUAUGUCUUGGAAAACUCUCUAGGCCUCGACCAUCAUCUAUCACUCUUGCUAGGCGGCUUUAACGGCCUCGAAUAUCUUUUUGCGUCUGCCAUUCCGAUAUGGACAAUCGAGCGAGUUGGUCGCCGAAAAUUGCUCCUCUUCAGCGCGGCAGGUCAAACCCUAUCAAUGGCUAUCCUGGCUGGUGCUAUCUGGUAUGUCACGGAAAACCAAGAUGGUCCUGCGAAAGUUGGUAUGGGCAUCCUUGCCGUCGUCGCGUUUUUCCUGUUCAACACAUUUUACGCUCAAGGAUUUCUCGCGAUUCCCUUCUUCUAUCCUGCGGAGAUCACCAAUCUGAGAACGAGAAGUCGUGGUGUCGCUAUCUCUGUCAUGAGCAAUUGGAUUUUCACUUUCUUGGUUGUCAUGAUCACACCAAUCUGCACAGCAGAUAUUGGAUACAGAACGUACAUCCUCUUCGCCGUGCUCAAUUUCUCCUUCAUUCCACUUAUUUAUUACUUUUUCCCAGAAACGGCUGGAUUGUCCUUGGAAGCUCUGGAUGCGAUGUUUGAUUGUCCAGGUAUCACGAAAGGUGUAUUGAGUAAAUCACACCGUCGAAAUAUGAUCGCGAUAUCGAACGAUCCGUUCCGCCGCGACUCGCACAUUGAUGUGGAGGUGCCAAAUGCGUGCGAGAAGAGGCUCUCUGUGGGCCACCUUGAGAGGGGCUCGGAACAGUAG